CGAUGCAGAAUCGGAUUCGUGGGAUGAAUCCACCGACGUACGCACCUCCCGCUUACGCGCUGUCGUCGUCAGGGAGCAUCCACGUCCAAGCAACCGUCAUGUCCUCGACUACGUUUGCCUUGUCCCGAACGAGCUCCGAGUCGUCGACUAUGGCUUCGAAACCUCCCUCGGAAGUCAAGCUGUUCGAGAGCGCCAAGGACCGACGCAUGUACGAGGACAUGUCCGAUCUUUAUGCUAUCAUCAAGACCACUGAACACCUCGAGACCGCAUAUGUGCGCGAUGCGAUCUCUCCCGAGGAGUACACGGAAGCGUGCACCAAGCUGAUCUCCCAAUACAAGACAGCAGAAACUGCCCUCCGAAACGCAGGACAUCUUGUGUCAAUUGAUGCUUUCUUGGCGCAUUAUCGACUUGAUUGCCCGCGGGCCGUCGAGCGGCUGGUGCGUCUUGGUGUCCCGGCGACCGUCGUGCACAACACGACCAGUACCAACGCCGACGCUGUCAAUGUUGCGCAAACGGUGCAACACUUCAUUACCCUCAGCGACGCCCUCAAGAUGAACAUUCGCGCGGUGGACGAAGUGCAGCCACUCCUGAGCGAGAGCAUGGCCUCCAUCACGAAAGUAAAGGGUUUGCCCCCCACAUUUGACGGUCUCUUGAAGCUCGAGCAGUGGCUGCGCGUCCUCAAUGCCAUGCGCGCGUCCGACGAGCUCGACGACAACCAAACGCGCCAAUUGAGUUUUGACCUCGAGCAGGCGUACACAGGUUUUAUGAGUUUUUUAAACAAAAGCGGAUAACUGUAGAAAAGAAUAUUUUCAAAAUUUGAAAUCCACGGACAUAUCUCC